AUGGCAUCAGAUCCUGAUAAACAUCUGCUUUUCGAAGUUGAUAUUCAUGACCUCAGUUCCAUCCGAAGAAUCAUGGCUAGUACUGAGUACAUGCUCACAAAUAUUGUUCUAAAUCCUAUGGCUGAUCAACUUACCUGUUUGACGGAGGAAGAAAGAUCAUGGGUAUAUAGUGUCUGUGCUUCCAUUCGAAAUCAUCCAAAGCGAUGCUUGUUGUUGUGCGCAACUCUCGGUUUCAGUGCAGAAUAUCUUGGGUCCGACGAGGAUAUCAGAGCCGCAAUAAGUGACUACUGUAGUGUUGGACCGGCAAACGUAUUAUUGCAUCCUUCUCUUUUUGAAGAAGAGUACGAUCAACUUGAGAAAGGUUAUUGCGGAGCAAAACACCACUCUCCAGGUCCAUCACACUUGGAUGAUCUCGUGAUGCUAGCACCUACAGCUUUCAGUCAUCAGCAGAUUUCAAGUGUUCGCCGCGCCAGACAACUCGAAAAGCUUGCCAGAGAAAGGAAGAUCAAUGUUGAGGACAUUACCAUCGAAGAAGCUUUAGCUCCUUUACCACAGGGCCGCCUCCUGGGGAGUUUUGGGCUUCAGACUGUCAAUCUUGGAGCGUGUAGUUGUUGCAAACGGCUAUCACGAUACUGUGAUAGGAGGGAGCCAUUGUGCUCUGAAUGCAGACGGACCUGGAACACAGGUUGCACUUAUACGAGUCGUAGCGCUGGUACGGUUCAAAAUCUGGAAAAUGCUCGUCAAGCAAGACACCUGUACGAGGCACAAAAGAGGAAGGAUGAUGCCAUUCAACGAACCGAGGAGAAACAGAAAACCAAAACUACAGGAGAUUCCCAAGAUGGGAUCAUAAACAACCUACCAAAGAAUAGUGAUAUUAAUUCAACCAAUCGCUUUGGAACAGGACCUUCGGAUACUGCGAGAGUCCAAACCAAUAGAACUAAUGACCGAAGCGAUCAAUUAUGCAAUAAACCUGCCUUGUCUAUCGAAAUCCCGAAUUUUCGUAGCUAUAUUGGUCCUUACGAUGAAUUCUUUUACAACGACCGUGUCUACUCUCCCAUCAGCCCCAUGAGCCAGCUUUCUUCGGACAUCGAUGAUCCCUUUCCUCCCGGCACUUUCGAAUAUUGCUCAAACGGUAGUCGGAAGUCGUCUUCAGAAACUGAACAGUUUGGCUCAGACACUAGUUCCGGUAGCAAUAGUUGGCUGGAGUUUGUCACUGAAAUGAUGGAGUAUCAGGAUAGAGAAGAAAGCGAACAAAACCAUAUUUCUACCGCUCAGGAUACUACUUUGAAUCCUGUUGAUGAUAAGCCUGCGAGGAGAGGUCACAGAAUGGUCACUUGGGAGGGUUCCAUCGAUUUUGACGCAGAGCUUGCGAAAGAGGAAGAGAUACUGUGUGAUAAAGAGAAUGGACUUUUCAACGAUAGAGCGGCUGGGGAAUUAGAUUUGAUGGUUGUUGAGGAUGAAACUCCCGACAGACAUCACGAAUAG